AUGGAAAAACUAAAAGAAGAAAACCAAAGACUCCUGUCUCUGGUCGAGCAGUUAUCCACCCAACUGGCGAACCAGUUUCAAGGCCUUCAACAUCAACUUCAGGUUCUCACGGACAUAAUGAACAGGGACAGAAUAAUUCCAUUUAUAACAGAACCCCAACCCAAAAACUCAAUGACAAACCUCCCUCUUAACCUCGCAGAAGAGGGCAUGGAAAUCAAUGAAACAAAGCCCCUACCCUGGUCCAUCCAGCACUCCACUCCACCACCAGCAAAUGAGGGCUUUCCUCCUCUUAGACUGACCACCCCAUACGUCCCGCCUUCGACAUCAAUGGAUGGUCAACCGACACAAGCCUCAACAGAUGAAACUAAGCAUUCUCACCCGAAGAUACCUCCAAUAAUACUGAGAACUAAGGACCGCUGGACAAUGAUAUCGAAUGUGAUGAAAGCAAACGGGUGGCAGUUCACCAAAGCAAUCAACACUGCGAAAGGUGUUAAAUUCUUCCCGGCCACUAUAGAAUCAUACAGAUCUAUAACCAAAUUUAUGCAAAACAACGAAGAAAAAUAUCUCACCUACCUUCUACCUGAAGAGAAACUGCUGCAGGUGGUUAUCCGAGAUUAA